AUGAUAGAACAACAGCAACAACAAUUAACAACUUUAAAUUCAUCGUUUAAUAAUUCUUUUAAUUUCCAACAAAAUAAUUUUCGUGAAUGGCAGCAAUAUUACAACAAUUAUUAUCAAAAAUUAGAUGAACACCAACAACACCAACAACAAUUCUUUUUUAAUGACCAAUCUUUAUUAUCUGGAUAUUUUUGGCCUUCUAUUUUUUAUUUUAACGACGUAUUUGAAUAUCAAAAGGAAGAAAAAGAAGGGGGAGAAGAAUUUAUUUUAGAAAAAUCUUCUUUUUGUAGGUUUUUUUAUUUUAAAUAA